AUGGCUCUUAUUCAUUUACGACUGAUAUGUCAAGUUGUCAAAGUCAAGCCACCACGGUCCCAUGCUGGGACAGGCUUAGCAUGGGAUCCCCCUUUGGCCACAAAGGUCGGGCCAGGGGGGGACAAUAAGGACGAAACAUGGAGAAAGAGCAGGCCAGGCAAGGCGGACAGCCGAUCGAUGGGGUCAGGGGGACCUUUUGAAUGGAAGUUGGCGAUUCAAGACAGGUCAUGGGAUAGCGCGGCGGGUAUCUCGGGGAUCGCCAGAGCCAAGGGAAGACGCGGAGCCUCGCUUACUCGGCAUCUGAGAAAAGGACCUGGACUGGAGAUUUCGAGGAGUCCGAAGAAGGAAGGACAGAAAAAUAUGGUUAACGGACCCAAAUGCAAUAGCAUGAAGAACCAAAGACCCAAGACCACUAUUCACCUUAGUACCAGCAGUAGCAGCAGCGGCAACACCCGACCUCUGGCUGAGCUUAAGCUCCGGCUGGCCUUUUGCGGUGCAAGUGCAUGCAAACGCAUCAUCACCGAACACCCAGCGUCCGUUGCCUUCUCCAUCCUGCAGAACUGCAAACAAGCGCUUUUCAAGCUCUCUUUCUGCAGACGGAAUAGUUAUUCUCAGCCUAUCGUCCAUCGUUCACCACCAAAGAUGCACUCCAGAAAGGGGAGGCGAGUCCGGGGCAACUGCACGACUGUGGCCGAAAAGGACUACCGUUACUCGCGGGUUGCAGCAGUUUGCGAGAGAGUGCUCGAGUACCUACCGACAACCGCUACCGCACGAAUGAGCCAAGGCCGCCUGCCGCUUUGGAGGGAAGGGGGGCGUGGCUGGCGGCCUACUUUGAGUGCUGGGCCGCCGCUGGCCCCGUUUCACCUUGCGACUCCGGAUGACCGCCGCCGUGUCGAUUGGACGGCCAAGGGGGACUUUGGCUACCACCUUACCUUCUGUGCUUCCGCAUUCUAUGCUGCAGGCCAGUGUCCGAUCAUCCCUUGGGCUGCGUCCAUCACCGUCCCAUAUAUCGAAUCUCAUGCGCCCAGCGGCGGUCCUAAACAGCGAACCGGCGAUCCGAGGGCGGGAACGACGCCCCAUGUCCUGGACAUCGAGCCACACCACUCUCAUGGGAGGAAGAACCCCCUCUUCAGACGACAGCGUCAGGGCCCCCGUCAGCCUUCAGGUACCAGAACGUGUCGGGCUCGAAGCUGUGCUACACCGACCGAGGUCGAGGGAACUCCCACAUACAACGUCCGCUUGAGCGAGUCCCGAGUCUCGAGUCUCAACUCUGGUGAGCAAGUAUUCAAGCAGGCGGUAGUGGAAAGUUCCUCCCAGUUUCACCCACCUCACCGGGCCGGCACCAGGCAAGAGGAGAACCUGUGGCUAUGGAGAGACGAAAGCACGCAACGCAAUCCUCGCAACGCAAGCGACGUACGCAACCGCACAAACGUGACAAACGUCUGGUUCCGCGUCCCGCAGCCGGCGUCCCUUUUCUUCCUGCCUUUCGAAAAUGGGAAGGAGAAAUCAGGGAUCCAUAUUGAAAUGGGGCUCAGAGCUCCAUACUGCGUACAUCCAGAGGCGGUUACCAAGUUCAAGACCAUUCUCUUGCGGAUACAGUCAGCCAAGUUUCGCGCCACCCCUCCCCCCCUGGACCCUCGCUCUUCAUUGCGACAUGGGGAAGCCGGCUCUUGGAUUUGCAAAAGACUGGGGUCCCAGGCUCACUGCCCAAAGUGCGCGCGGGAGAAGAAGGAUUUCUGGGUUGUGAAUAUGGCGGCUUGCGAAACCUACUUAGUGGCUUGCUCGUCCUCCCUACUCUUUUCCUACUUCUCCUCCUCCUUCAGCUUGAGUUGUUCGAAACUUGUUUCUCUUUCCACAUUCUUUUCGAAAGAAACAAUCCAGACAAAGCCCUCUUUGCUCCGUUCUAAACCAAACCUCGUCUCGACGACCAAACACACCAAAACUUACAAACCGAACUCACCCGAGAUAUCUCACGAUCGACUUGCCAAUACUACCCCAAAGAUCACUCUCAACCUACAACGCAUUGAUCUACUCAUCCCUCAAAAGAACGAACUCUCCGAAACGAAACUCUUCUUCCAGUCAUCCCAUAUCCACGACUGA